CGCUUUGAACAUAAGAAUGGCAUUGUUUGAGAGCCUGACUAUGAAACAGUGAGGGGCUGGGUAUGGCGUCUCAGGAUGGGUGCACUGCUUUGACUUGACGCCUCUUGAUUUGCCCGCCAGUAUCGUUCAAGGAGAGUUGUUUCAAUCGCUCACUGUUUUGGACAAGACUCCACCCAACCGGCUCAGGAUGCUCAUUGGAAGCCGCAACCGGAGGUAACAUACACUGUGUGCUGUUCAGGCUCUGCAUGGUGAGGGGUUAUCCCCAGGCGCAAAACUUUCAAGAUUACUUUUUGUUCAGUUGUCACCAGCCACCAACGCGCCACAACGACUCUCUUAUUAACGUCCCUUUAUUUCUCAUUCCCGCUCCAUUAUUCAACAACACAAACAUGGAGCCUCCGGUGAGAGGCAAAUCAUGCGCCCAGCCGAGCCAGAUAGGACAAGGAGGCAAGUUGCUAAUGUGCCUUUCUUCGCACCUGAAUGGCUGGGAUAUUAAAUAUGAUGCCUCCUGGACGGGGAUAUCAGCGCUGGACGAUGAAGAACAAGCGGAAGAGGACCGGCCAAUAGAGCAAGGCGGUUAACGUUUCUCAAGCCAAACAGCCCCUGGCGUCGCGAGAAGGCCUGGCUAGCACCGUGUCAGACAAGUGUGGGCACUUGCAAGGCCAUGUUGGUUGUUUUAUGUGGAAGUAAUGCGAGGACAACGCCUUAAUAGCACCGGGCUGAGGCUUUUCUGCUGGUGUUAUCCAUGCUGUUGGCGCCAGGGUGUGGCGGCUCGGGAAGAUCCAUAUAAAUAAAGACUUUGGGGGAUAUUCUCCGGCUUUUUUCUGGAGAGGGGAUAUCAUAUUAUUUAUGGGUAUAUCUCUGGGAGGGGUUGGGCGGGUUUAUUUCAAAAGUAUUAUUUUCUUUCUCUUCUUUCUUUAUAGCUUUUGGACAAUAUUCCUGAUCAAAGCCUCCUGUUUCCUUGGCUUUCGCUCUGUCACUUUGUCUUUUUAGCUCUCCUUCAUAUUGUACAAGGUUAUUUCUUCCUUUCUGAGGCAAUCCACUGUCUCUCUCUGUGUCUCUCUCAAUAUUCCCUUCAUGAUUCCAACACCUCAAUUAUCCUGCUCUUCCAUUUUCCCAUUAAGACUGCCCCUCUCUGUGACUUGCAGGGUGUCAUAGUUUUCAUAUUAUUUGCUCCACUGUUUGUUGUUUGUUGUGCAGAGAGCGUGCACACAUUCAUACAUUAUAUACCCCUUCAGUGUGUGUUUGUGUGCGGUGCACAUUUCCUUAUUUACCUUCCUUCGCGUCAUUGUGCCUGGACACGAUUUACAUUAAUGUGAAUAUCGUCCAUAUCUUCCAUUCUUUCAAUCUCGUUGGCCUGAGCCAUUCCUCUCCUCCAUCUCCUUUUCGUGGUCAUAUCUCCCCUUCCAUACAAAACGGGCAAGAUGCAGUGGAUACAGGCCCUACUGUACCUAUACCUCCUCUCUUCCUCCGCCGUGCUAGGGGCCCCCACACAACGAUCACAGCUGAAGAAACGAACAUUCAAAGUCGAUCGGAUACGUCGGGCAGAUUAUGUACCUAAUGGUUUCUCUGCGAUCAAGAAGGCAUACGCCAAGUUUGGCAUCAUCGCUACAGACAUCAACUUUGGGUCGUUGGAUGUCAACAUUUACCCAACUGCAGCAGAUCGUCAGGCUGUAAACAAGGCAGACGAUCCAGAUGAGAAUGGCGCUGUCACCAAUGUGCCGGCGCAAAAUGAUGUUUUGUACCUGGCCCCUGUGACAAUCGGGGGUCAGGAGUUUGUGAUGAACUUUGAUACUGGCUCGUCAGACACAUGGGUAUUCAACACGAGACUUGAACCAAGUGUAUCUGUCGGACACUCAGUUUUCGAUCCCGCAAAAUCCGAUUCAUUCCAGCUGCUCGAAGGCGCUACCUUCAAUAUCACUUAUGGAGACUCCUCCUUCGCACGGGGCGGAGUUGGCAGGGACACAAUCGACAUCGGUGGCGCGACCGUUCGAAACCAAGCUUUCGGCCUCCCAAGCGAGAUCUCCGAGUCAUUCAUCAGGGAAGAAGCCUCCGACGGCCUCGUUGGCCUAGCCUUUACAAAAAUUAAUACCAUGAGGCCAGAAAAGCAAGCCACCUUCCUCGAGAGUAUUGCGCCCGAUCUCGAAGAACCCGUCUUCACUGCCCAGCUCAAAGCUCAGGCACCUGGCAGCUAUGAAUUUGGCACAAUUGACAAGACUAAGUUCUCCGGUGACAUGAUUGAUGUCGCCGUGGACAACUCACGGGGCUUUUGGGAAAUCAAAUCGAGCAUGUUUAAGGUUGGCGAUGAUGCUAGCAUUAGUACUAUCUCGAGCGGCGUGACCACUGCGAUCGCGGAUACGGGAACGACGCUGAUGCUGGUGAAUCAGGAGAUUGUGGAGGCGUAUUAUGCGAAGGUCGAAGGGGCGGAGAUGUCCGUGAAUGCCGGUGGGUUUAUUUAUCCCUGUAGCUCGAAGCUGCCGGACUUGUGGGUAUCUAUAGGGGAUACACAUCUGGCAAGGGUACCGGGUAGUUUGGUGAAUUUCGCUACAGUGGGGACUGAUACCUCCACCAACACUCAGCUCUGCUUCGGGGGUAUACAAUCCAACCAAGGCUCCAGCCUGCAAAUCUGGGGAGACAUAUGGUUCAAAGCGUUGUUCGUUGCAUUCGACCUGCGAGGACCUAAGCUUCGAAUAGCAGCACAUUCUUAAGAGGUAGAAAAGAAAACCUCAAAUAGAAGAAGAGAAAAGCAACCAAGAAAGGGCGAAACUGUAUCAUUUAUUUUUAUCCACAUAUUUUAAGAAGAUAUGAUAUACAGGUGACAUACAGCAGAGCAUACAUACCUUAAAAUAGGUAUAUUACGUGUCUAGUUAUGCCCUUCAUCCGCCUUCUGCCAUUGCCGGCGUCAGUGGGAAAAAGGAAGAGAGGAACUAGUAGUACGAUCACCCCAGACAACAUUGUAAUUUUUUAUCCCACAUCACAAACGUACUUCUUGAUUGUAUCCACAUACGUGUGAUUUCUGCGGCGCAAUCUUUUUCCUGUUUCCAUUUGUGUCUCUAGAAUUUGUUCAUAUACCUCAAUUAUGGGUGAAGAAGAGUUGAGAGAGUUUCGGUUCUUUGUAAAUACAAGCUGUACUCGGUACUUAUUGAAGAAUCUAUGCCUGAAUUUUUGAUAGGUA